AUGGAAGAUAUCAAGGAUCAUCCGUGCUCCGAGCUCAGCAUUAGGACAAUUCUGUUCAUUGCUGGGCACGUGACCAGACGAUCCGACAGUCAGGAAUGGCUGGCCUCCAUGCUGUCCUCUAAACGUGAGGAGACCCUCGUUGAGUGGCGUAACUUCAUUCGGGAGCUCCUGUAUCGCAAGCUGGAGAGCGCACCUCCGAUGGGCGGCCCUGGGCAGAUAGUGGAAAUUGAUGAAAGCUGUUUCCGGGGUAGACGCAAGAACAACAAGGGGUGGUUGAUGGCUGGCAACAACUCCCCUCCCCGCUCGUCAGAAUUACGGUAA